AUGGUGGAAGAGAGCCCAGAGACAAAUGGCCUCAGAUCCACAAUGCCGGCUGAGCUCCAGCAUCCUCACUCUCAGUACUCUCAGUGGAAGUUUAAGCUGUUUAGGGUGAGGUCCAUGGAGAAGGCCCCUUUGCCCAGUGAGACACAGCUUGAGAAAGGAGCCUUGUCAGGGUUCACGCCUCCUGUAGCUCCAAAUAUAGAGUUGAAUAAUGGUGUGGGUCCAGGUAGUGUUAUGAAAUUAUGCCUUGGGGGAAAAAACAAGGAAAAUGUGGAGGGGCCGGGCCGGAGGGUAGAUAUGAAGCUGCAGGAAAUGGACACCCACAUGAACCACCUCAGGUGCCUGUGCCGCCUCUGUGGAAAUGUCCUAAGGAAAGUCAAAGGCCCAGUGCAUGAUGUUCAUACAGAUCUGGAUGAUGCAAGCAAGGUCGCCCUGCGUAAAAUGGGCUGCAAGUUUAAAAGCUGGCCUGAGAUCAUCCUCAAAGUCUUCAAAGUGGACGUGACAGAGGAUACAGAAGCUGUCCACCCUCUUUCCUUCUGCCAUCGCUGCUGGACGGCUGCCAUACGAGGAGGGGGUGUGUGUAGCUUCUCCAAAACAAGAGUCCCCGAGUGGAAACCUCACUCUACCCCCUGCCAUCUUUGCUCCCCCAAGAAACCAUCAUUCCAGCGGACAGGAAGAAAGAAGAGGACCAUUCCUAGAGCUCAGAGCCUGGCAAAAAGGACCAGGUGGGACCACAGCAACAGCAUUGUUAUUGGGGAGAGGAGAGCUCUGAGACCAUUUGGAGACCACCGUCAUUUUUCUGUGUUCAGGACCUGGAAGAGACCCAGUACCCAGAGAGAGCACUGGGUGAAGAACAUCACCGACUGCCAGAAAGACCACCUGAGUACCAAGCUGAUCUCAGAGAAGCUCCCUGUGGACUUCCUUUUUUCUUUCACCUGCCUGGUUUGUGACCACCUUCUCUUCGACCCAGUUCAAUCUCCCUGUGGGCACCUCUUCUGCCGCAGCUGUAUUAUAAAAUAUAACCACAUUUUGGGACCUCACUGCCCGGCCUGCAACUUGCCCUGCAGCCCUGAUAAUGUCACCCCCCCUCCCAAAGUCUUUUUAUCAGCCCUGCACUCUCUGCCUUUGCUGUGCCCCAGAGGUGACUGUGGCCAGCAGGUGAGGCUAGAUUUAUUCAAAGAGCACUGUGUGGACCAUGAUCUGGAUGAAAAGUAUAGAAACCAGCAGUCAUCAGAACUUGACAUCUACCUGCUAGCCAAUAAAGGGGGGAGACCCCGUCAACACUUGCUAUUGCUAACUCGCCGUGCCCAGAAGCACCGGCUGAAGGAUCUGAAGAAUCAGGUGAAGAUAUUUGCAGACAAAGAGGAAGGUGGCGACCUGAAGUCUGUGUGUCUGACGCUGUUUCUGCUUGCACUGAGAUCUGGGAAUGAACACAAGCAGGCAGACGAGCUAGAGGCCAUGAUGCAAGGCAGAGGCUUUGGGUUGCAUCCUGCUGUGUGUUUGGCCAUUCGGGUCAACACUUUCCUGAGCUGCAGCCAGUAUCACAAGAUGUACCGGACUGUCAAAGCCACCAGUGGCCGCCAGAUCUUCCAGCCCCUGCAUAGCCUGCGAUUGGCAGAGAAGGAGCUUCUCCCUGGCUUUCACCAGUUUGAAUGGCAGCCAGCUCUCAAGAAUGUCUCUGCAUCUUGCAAUGUUGGCAUUAUUAAUGGGCUCUCUGGAUGGACUUCCUCAGUGGAUGACUCCCCACUUGACACCAUCACUCGGCGGUUUCGCUAUGAUGUGGCACUGGUGUCAGCAUUAAAGGACCUGGAGGAGGACAUCAUGGAGGGGCUGAGACAUAAUGGGAUGGAAGACAGUUCUUGCACCUCAGGCUUCAGUGUUAUGAUCAAGGAAUCUUGUGAUGGCAUGGGCGAUGUCAGUGAAAAGCAUGGUGGAGGACCAGUUGUUCCUGAGAAGGCUGUACGUUUCUCUUUUACUAUUAUGUCUGUCUCUGUCCUGGCAGAUGAGGAGGAGGAGGCGGUUACUAUCUUCACAGAGCCAAAGCCAAACUCAGAACUGUCCUGUAAGCCCCUUUUCCUGAUGUUUGUGGAUGAGUCAGACCAUGAGACUGUCACAGCUCUCCUUGGGCCUUUAGUUGCAGAGCGUAAUGCAAUGAAAGAGAGCAGGCUCAUCCUUUGCAUUGGUGGCCUGGCUCGCUCCUUCCGCUUCCACUUUAGAGGUACGGGAUAUGAUGAGAAGAUGGUGCGAGAGAUGGAGGGCCUAGAGGCCUCAGGGUCCAGCUAUGUCUGCACUCUAUGUGAUUCCAGUCGGGCAGAGGCAUCUGAAAACAUGGUGCUACACUCCAUCACCCGCUGCCAUGAAGAGAACCUUGAACGUUACGAAAUAUGGAGAACCAACCCCUUUUCUGAGUCUGGAGACGAGCUGCGGGACAGAGUGAAAGGGGUCUCUGCCAAACCCUUCAUGGAGAUCCAGCCCACGAUGGAUGCAUUACAUUGUGACAUUGGCAAUGCUACAGAGUUCUACAAAAUCUUCCAAGACGAAAUCGGGGAGGUGUACCGAAAGGGCAAUCCCACCCGGGAGGAACGCCGCAGCUGGAGGGCAGCCCUAGAUAAACAGCUGAGGAAUAAGUUGAAGCUUAAACCGGUAAUGAGGAUGAAUGGGAACUAUGCCCGCAGGCUAAUGACCCAGGAAACUGUAGAGGCGGUGUGUGAGCUGGUGCCCUCAGAGGAGAGAAGGGAGGCCCUGAGGGAGCUUAUGAGGCUAUAUCUCCAGAUGAAGCCUGUGUGGCGCGCCACCUGCCCAGCCAAGGAGUGCCCUGACCAGCUGUGCCGCUAUAGCUUUAACUCCCAGAGCUUUGCUGACCUCCUCUCCUCUACCUUCAAAUAUAGGUACAAUGGAAAGAUACCCAAUUACCUGCACAAGACCCUGGCCCAUGUCCCUGAAAUCAUAGAGAGAGAUGGAUCCAUCGGAGCCUGGGCCAGUGAGGGGAACGAGUCUGCAAACAAACUGUUCAGGCGUUUCCGAAAGAUGAAUGCUCGUCAGUCAAAGGCUUUUGAACUAGAGGAUGUAUUGAAGCAUCACUGGCUCUACACCUCCAAGUACUUGCAGAAGUUUAUGGAGGCUCACAAAGACUCUGCCAAAGCUCUACAAGCUACCAUUGACCCUGAAGAGAUGCUCGAUGAUGAUAUGUCUCUGGAAGUUACUGAUUGCUGA